AUGAAUCUCUUCACACCGGGAAAAGGUUUCUAUGAAACUCAUGUUACGUGGGAAGAUAUCGAAAAUGAUAUGCAACGUGAAAUGGGCACUUCAGCAUCAUUCGGGCCCAAUAAGUCUGUAAAAGAUUUGGGCGACGGCAGGGGUUUCAUGUCGAAGCUUCUCCUCAUUGAAGCCGAUUGGCGGCAACAGGAUAUGGAACUCCCCAAAAAGUUCAUACUCAAGACUGAUGGCUAUGAUGCUGUGUUCAGGUUAUCACUCCUUCUGUCUGGCUAA